CACAUUCUUUCCUCUGACUCUCUUAUAAGCGAGGAAAGUUUGACAUGUGUGUCUCAGUUUCUCCAUAGUCGCUCUGCUUGGGAUUUGGUGCCUGAUCUUCAGAAGUGACGGAGUAAGUCCCUACAGGGCUCUCCUCUCUUUACUUCUCUCCAGCUAGAACUCUCUCAAGAUGGGUGACUGGAGUGCUCUGGGAAGGCUCCUUGACAAGGUGCAGGCCUACUCCACAGCCGGUGGGAAGAUCUGGCUCUCUGUGCUCUUCAUCUUUCGGAUUCUAGUUCUGGGAACAGCAGUGGAGUCGGCCUGGGGGGACGAGCAGUCAGCUUUCCAGUGUAACACCCUGCAGCCUGGUUGUGAAAAUGUCUGCUACGAUAAAUCGUUCCCCAUCUCGCAUGUGCGCUUAUGGGUGCUGCAGAUCAUCUUUGUGUCCACCCCUACGCUACUGUACCUAGCGCAUGUAUUUUACCUGAUCCACAAAGAGGAGAAGCUGAACCGUAAAGUGGAGGAGCUGAAGGUGGUACAGAACGACGGAGGUGAUGUGGAGAUCCAUCUGAAGAACAUCGAGUUCAAGAAGCUCAAGCAUGGCCUGCAGGAACACGGCAAGGUGAAGAUGAAGGGUGCUCUCCUGCGCACCUACAUUGUGAGCAUCCUUUUCAAGUCGUUCUUUGAGGUGGGCUUCCUGCUAAUACAGUGGUUUCUUUACGGCUUCAGUCUGUCAGCCGUGUACACCUGCGAGCGCUUGCCUUGCCCCCAGCGGGUGGACUGUUUCCUCUCUAGGCCCACGGAGAAGACUGUCUUUAUUAUCUUCAUGCUAGUGGUUUCUCUGGUCUCGCUUGUGCUUAACGUUAUCGAGCUAUUCUAUGUGUCAUUCAAACGGAUCAAAGACCGCUUCAAAGAUAAACAAUACCAGUUCGCAACCGGCACCUUGAGCCCUACGCCUAAGGAACUGUCCCCCACAAAAUAUGCAUUCUACAACGGUUGCUCCUCACCAACCGCGCCACUUUCGCCGAUGUCACCGCCAGGCUACAAGCUAGCGACCGGCGAGCGGACCAACUCUUGUCGCAAUUACAACAAGCAGGCCAAUGAGCAGAACUGGGCCAACUACAGCACAGAGCAAAAUCGUCUAGGCCAGAACGGUAGCACCAUCUCCAAUUCACACGCUCAGGCCUUUGAGUACCCUGACGAUACGCACGAGCACAAGAAACUAACGGCAGGUCACGAGCUGCAGCCAUUAGCGUUGAUUGACGCACGGCCGUGCAGCCGGGCCAGCAGCCGCAUAAGCAGUCGAGCGAGGCCCGAUGAUUUGGAUGUCUAGCUGUACAACUUGGUGCAGUGUCACAACAUAAGAGGACUGACGCAGGAAGUGAGACGGGCUUGUUUCCUCUACAGAGGGGACGGGGCUAAUUCUGCACAUGUUCCUCACUAGAAUCUAGUUGAUACAGAGACAUAAAAUUACUCACACUGCUGGAGGUACUAUUCAUUAAUAAUGAUGUUGAAACUAGCAGAGCUAACAUGCCCUAACAACUGAACAGCCAGGGGCUCGAAGGACACAAGCGGGGCGAACCUGGCUUAUCUCUCAAUUCAACCCACCAAAAUAUGCCUUGUUGUGAUUGAUUUUGAUUUGAUUGUAUGUUUUUAUUUUUUUUUUAUUUUUUUCAAAAUGCCACACAAUGAUCCCAUUUUAACGUAUUGCACUUCUAUGUGUAGAAUUGUAUUCUAACCCCCAAAUCACACUUUCAGUUGGAUCUCAGUUGAUUCCAGUUAUUUUGUCACUCAUAUUCAUGAUCUCAAAUCCAUGUUGUCCAACAGGCCCCUAGUGUUCAUGAACUAAUAUUUAUUUAUUCAUAAAAGACUAACAGGAUAUCCACCACUAGAUAGAGAUUGACUACUACUCAAGGUAACAUUUACAUAAUUAAUACUAUCCAAUUACAUAUUUAUUGACAAUAAUCAAAAUUUCAGCAGUACAUUAAGGUGAGGCUUUUAUAAAUCACAGUGUGACUGUCAUUUUCCUGAUAAACUUUGAAUUUAUGUGGUGUCGGUUUUUUGUUAUUUGAUGAUAUUUGUUGUUUUGGGUGGUGGUAUGAAAUGGAAGUGUCUAUGUGUGGACUAAGCUGCUGUACCAACUGUUACACGGCUUGACUUCUUAUUUUUGAAGAAAUUGUACUCUAAAGAGUCUGUGAGAGAAAGGCUUUACUUCUGUUCUCUUUUUAAAAUGCCAUUUUAUUUUCAUCUGUUGA